AUGUCUCCAUCUUUUCAAUGGAAUCCCAUUCUGAAGCCCUCAGGCUCAGAAUUCGAGUUCGGCUUAGAGAUCAAUGGACUUGACGUUGCAAAUCUGACUGAUGAGGACUUCAACACAUUGCGCGCGCUUCUGUACGAGAAUCAAGUUGUGGUCAUCAAGAACCAGUCCGAGCUUUCUCCAAAGGCCCAGUAUGAACUCACUCGACGUUUCGACCCCGUGUCCGAGAUGUACAGUCACGGAAAAGCUAUCGAUAAACGCAGCGUUCUCCACGCCGACCUCAAGACGAUUCCAACACAACCUCAAGUUCAGGUCAUUGGCCAUGGGUUUGUGGAGUCGUUCGAAGGCCUCUCAAACAUUCAACUGAAACACCCACAUCACAAAAUGUUCCACAAGACGCCUGUGUCUGAUGAAGACGACGCUGCGUACACCCAUUUCUAUCGGUGGCACAUUGAUUCAGCCAUGUACAACCUUGAUCCUCCCUUGGUUACAUCCUUACUCGCGGUUCAGGUCCCAAAAGGACGACGCCAGAUUUGUCGCUAUGAUGACGGCACCGGGGAUUGUCUCGAUGUUCCCCUAGGAACAACAGCAUUUUUUAGUGGAUACAAACUCUACGAAUUGCUUUCAGCGGAGGAACAACGCUUCGUGCGGACCAGCAAAGUAGAGUACGCCCCCCAUCCAUAUAUCUGGAUAAGCAAGGCAAAGUCUCGAUCCAACGGGUUGGGAAUUGUCUCUGAAGGCCUGGAACUAUCAGAAGAAGAACUUCCCCCGGUUGAAGACUCCAAGGUCAAGAUUUAUCCAAUGGCUUGGAAGAAUCCGGUCACAGGAAAGCUGGCCAUGAUGGUCUACCCCACUUGUAUACGGAAGAUUCACUUGGAGAACGGCGAUGUUCUUGACGAUCUUGCCGAGAUUCGGGAAAGACUCUACAAGAUGCAACGGCGAGGUAUCGAUCCCAGUCGGAUAUACGCCCAUGAUUGGAAAGAAGGCGACUUGGUUCUGUUCAAUAACCAUGGAGUCAUGCACUCAAUCGUGGGGUCAUUUUCUGAGGGUGAGGUCCGCAUUUUCAGGCAGUGCAAUAUGGCUGCAAGCUACCCCCCAAAGGGAUUCGAGGAAGGCGAGAAAGGCAUUUGA